UAUUCAUCUGCGGGAGGUUUUAGAUGAAUAUAGGACCAGUCUCAGGAAGAGGUAUGAACAUGUGACUGAGGGAGUAGACAAGUCAAGAGGUAGUUCCCUCAACAAGAUCUACACCGAUCUCUACAUAACAGAGGGACAGGAUGAAGAGGUCAAUAACCAACAUGAGGUGAUGCAGCUGGAGACAUCAGUCAAGAUCAUUCUGGAUAAACCAAUCAGGUGCCACGAAAUUUUUAAACCUAAUCAUAAUGAAGUCAUGAGACUGGUUCUUACAAAUGGCGUCGCCGGUGUUGGAAAAACAUUCUUAGUGAAAAAGUUCGCUCUGGACUGGGUAGACGGCUUGGAGAACCAAGAUAUCAGUGUGGUGGUUCUGCUUUCAUUCAGGGAGCUGAAUGUAAUCAGGGAUGAGCAGCACAGUCUUCUCUCAUUGCUCCUUACUUUCUAUCCAAAACUUGAGAAGUUCCCAGCAGAGAAGCUGUCUGUCUGUAGGAUUCUGCUCAUCUUUGAUGGCCUGGAUGAAAGCAGAUUUUCACUGGAUUUCAGUAACAGUCAGCUCCUUACUGAUGUCACUCAGAAGUCAACAGUCAAUGUGCUGUUGGUCAACCUCAUCAAGGGGAACCUGCUUCCCUCGGCUACUAUCUGGAUAAUUUCCAGACCUGCAGCAGCCAAUCAGAUACAUCCUUCAUGUGUUGACAGAGUAACAGAAGUACGAGGAUUUGCUGAUGCGAAGAAGAAGGAGUACUUCUGGAAGAGGUUCAGCGAUGAAGAGCUUUCCAGCAGAAUCAUCUCACACAUCUGGACAUCAAGAUCCCUUCAAAUCAUGUGUGGGAUCCCAGUUUUUUGCUGGAUCACUGCUACUGUUCUAGAGCACAUGCUGAACACUGAGAAGGGACAAGAGCUGCCCAAGACCAUGACUGACAUGUAUUCACACUUCAUGCUGGUUGAGACUGAGGUGAGGACGAAAAAGUAUCAUGAAGGACAUGAGAGGAGUCAACAGAAGCCUAUGGAGACAUACGGGGAAGUUCUUCUGAUGCUGGGAAGGUUGGCAUUUGAACAGCUAGAGAAAGGAAACAUAAUUUUCUAUGAAGAAGACGUGGAGGCAUGUGGUCUUGAUGUCAAAGAGGCCUCGGUGUACGCAGGAGUUUGUACCGAAAUCUUCAAAAAGCAGAGUGUCAUUUCCCAGAAGCAAGUCUACUGCUUUGUUCACCUGAGUGUUCAGGAGUAUCUGGCUGCAGUCUACAUAAUCGACUGUUUCACCAACAGGAACACACAGGUCUUGAAGAACUUUUUGACUGAACACAAUGGUGACUCACCACUGGAAGACUUCCUCAAGAAUCCAGAGACUCCUAAGGAGCCUACUGGGUUACACAGAAAGCAGUACAGAAACCAUCCAUAG